GGCCGCGGGCGAGUGUGCGCGCCGGGCCGGCGAGCCGCGGGGCGGGGGACGGCGCCCCCAAGCGCCCCGCCUCGCCUCCGGCGCGCAGCCUCUCGCCGCUCCUCCACAGACAGACACACACCCACCGUCCGCCCGAGCGCCCGCCGCCCCCGCCGGCCGCCGCCGCGCCUGGGCAGCCGGAGCGAGCGGCAACUCCGCGGCUGGCGCGGUCUUCUCUCCGGCUCCUUCCCCGCGGAGAGCUCAGCCGCGCCGGAUUUUUCCUUCUCUCUCCCAGCGCUCUCCUGACUGAGUGGUGGUGGCGGCAGGGGGAUGGGGGCCCCGUGCGGGGAAGGGGGUGAAGAUCCACGAAGAUUAUUGUUCUUUUAAAGGAUGCCUUAGCUUCUUCCCGCCGCCUCUCCUUUGAGCCUUGCUACUAGAGACGGUGCACCAGAGUCAGGGAUGUGACCAGAGGGGGAAAACAAACGCCAGGAGCUCCAGCCAGCCGGGGAGACCCUCCUCUCCGUGGAGGGGAGGGGGAGUUCCAGCGACAGAUCAUUGGCGAAGGGACCGUCGCAGGGAGAGCAGCUUUGGAGGGAGCGGGGAAUCCCACAUCCCUUUGUGGCGCCCGAGCCAGUGCCGCCCGCUGAGCGGGGUCUCUGGGAGCUAGGGGUCAGUGGACAUGCCUGCCUCAGAGAAACACAGCUGCAGCUGACCUCGUUUUUUUUUUAAAGGACCUGGCUGUGCAGCUUUGUCCAGUGCAAAAUGGCAGAAAAGGUCCCCCCGGGUUUAAAUAGGAAGACUUCCAGGUCGACGCUUUCUCUCCCUCCAGAACCUGUGGACAUUAUCAGAAGCAAAACGUGCUCACGGAGAGUGAAGAUCAACGUGGGGGGCCUCAACCACGAGGUGCUGUGGAGAACGCUGGACAGGCUGCCCAGGACGCGCCUGGGGAAGCUGCGGGAUUGCAACACGCACGAGAGCCUUCUGGAGGUGUGCGAUGACUAUAAUCUCAAUGAGAAUGAGUAUUUCUUUGAUCGACAUCCCGGAGCCUUCACGUCCAUUUUAAAUUUCUACCGGACAGGGAAGCUGCAUAUGAUGGAAGAAAUGUGCGCGCUCUCUUUUGGCCAAGAACUUGAUUACUGGGGGAUUGAUGAGAUCUACUUAGAGUCCUGCUGCCAAGCCAGAUAUCAUCAGAAGAAAGAACAGAUGAACGAAGAACUGAGGCGAGAGGCAGAGACCAUGCGCGAGCGAGAAGGAGAAGAGUUUGAUAAUACCUGCUGUCCUGAGAAACGGAAGAAACUUUGGGACUUGCUGGAGAAGCCCAACUCUUCGGUGGCCGCAAAGAUCUUGGCCAUUGUGUCUAUCUUGUUCAUCGUACUUUCCACCAUUGCUUUAUCUCUCAACACCCUACCAGAGCUGCAGGAAAUGGAUGAAUUCGGACAACUCAAUGACAACUCCCAGCUAGCACAUGUGGAAGCCGUGUGUAUAGCUUGGUUUACCAUGGAGUACCUUCUGCGAUUCCUGUCCUCACCAAACAAAUGGAAGUUCUUUAAAGGCCCAUUAAAUGUCAUUGACUUGCUGGCCAUCUUACCAUACUAUGUCACCAUUUUCCUCACAGAGUCCAACAAGAGUGUGCUGCAGUUCCAAAAUGUGAGGCGAGUGGUCCAGAUCUUCCGCAUCAUGCGCAUCCUUAGGAUCCUGAAACUCGCGAGACAUUCGACAGGCCUGCAGUCUCUAGGGUUCACCCUCAGGCGGAGUUACAACGAACUGGGCCUGUUGAUAUUGUUUCUGGCCAUGGGGAUAAUGAUAUUUUCCAGCUUGGUGUUUUUUGCUGAGAAAGAUGAAGAUGCUACCAAGUUCACCAGUAUCCCUGCAUCAUUUUGGUGGGCCACCAUCACCAUGACCACUGUGGGCUACGGUGACAUUUACCCUAAAACAUUGUUAGGGAAAAUUGUGGGAGGCCUCUGCUGUAUUGCUGGCGUUCUGGUAAUUGCCCUUCCUAUCCCAAUAAUUGUGAAUAAUUUUUCUGAGUUUUACAAGGAACAGAAACGCCAGGAGAAAGCAAUUAAAAGGAGAGAAGCUCUUGAGCGGGCCAAAAGGAAUGGAAGCAUUGUUUCUAUGAAUUUAAAAGAUGCCUUUGCUCGAAGCAUGGAACUGAUCGAUGUGGCUGUCGAGAAGGCUGGAGAGUCAGCCAAUACAAAGGACUCGACUGAUGACAACCACCUGUCUCCAAGCCGGUGGAAGUGGGCCAGGAAAGCUCUGUCGGAAACAAGCUCCAACAAGUCCUAUGAGAAUAAGUACCAGGAGGUUAGCCAAAAAGACUCCCAUGAGCAGCUGAACAACACUUCUUCCUCCAGCCCACAGCACCUGAGUGCCCAGAAACUGGAGAUGCUGUAUAAUGAAAUCACCAAGACACAGCCUCAUUCUCACCUGAACCCGGACUGCAAAGAAGAGCCUGAGCGGCCAUCUGUGUACGAAGAAGAGAUAGAAAUGGAAGAAGUAGCCUGCCCGCAGGAGCAGCUGGCUGUGGCACAGACGGAGGUCAUCGUGGACAUGAAAAGCACCUCCAGCAUAGACAGCUUCACCAGCUGUGCCACCGACUUCACAGAGACAGAGCGAUCACCUCUGCCACCGCCCUCUGCAUCUCACUUGCAGACAAAGUUCCCCACUGACUUCCCAGGAACAGAAGAGCACCAAAGAGCCAGAGCCCCUCCGUUUCUCACACUAAGCAGAGAGAAAGGGCGGGAUGCCAGGGGUGCCUCUCUAGAUUAUGCCCCUGUCGACAUAACUGUGAAUCUUGAGGCCAGUGGUGCCCAGUGUGGGCUACACGGUCCUUUGCAGUCUGAUAGCACCAUUGACAGCCCUAAGAGCUCGCUGAAAGGGAGCAACCCACUAAAGUCCAGAUCUCUCAAAGUAAACUUUCAGGAGAACAGAGGCAGUGCACCCCAAACCCCACCCAGCACAGCAAGGCCACUGCCAGUAACAACAGCUGACUUUUCUCUCACCACCCCGCAGCACAUCAGUACCAUCCUCCUGGAAGAAAGUCUCCCCCAGGGAGAUAGACCCUUGCUGGGCGCUGAGGUUUCAGCACACUGCCAGGGACCUUCCAAAGGGCUGUCCCCUCGGUUUCCCAAGCAGAAACUGUUUGCUUUCUCUUCAAGAGAGAGGAGGAGCUUUACUGAAAUAGAUACUGGCGAGGAUGAAGAUUUCUUGGAGCUUCAAGGGGCAAGGCCAGACAAGCAGGCAGACUCCAGCCCUAACUGCUUUACAGAUACACCUAGUGACGUGAGAGACCCUUUAAGAGAAGAGGGCUGUGUGGGCUCUUCCUACCCCCAGAACACAGGUCACAGUUGUAGGCAAGACAUUUACCAUGCUGCAGGUGAAGUAAAAAAGGACAGUAGUCAAGAAGGGUGCAAGAUAGAAAACCACUUGUUCGCCCCAGAAAUUCAUUCCAACCCAGGAGACACGGGUUAUUGUCCCACACGUGAAACCAGCAUGUGACUAGUUACAGAAGCAAUAAUAAUGAAAAUAAUAAAAACUUGUUUCUUAAGAUGCGAUUAAUAAUGCCUGUGAACUAAAACAUGGGAAGCCCCCCCAAAAAGUGCAUAAAAUGUUAUUUUUGCAUGGCAUGAACCAUUUAGUUUAAGUACUGUUUAAAUAAAGAGUCAAGACUGCAUUUUGUAACAAAAAAAAACUGAAGAACAGUGAACCAAUAAAGAGAGCUCUAUUAGGAACCAGUACUCUGCAAUGUUUGACAUUUUUGAUCCUUUCAUUUCAAAUUGUAGGCAGAUCAAGUUUUAGCAUUUCUGUUGCAAUGAAUCUUAGAAUUUGCACAUGAAAGGAUGAAAUGUCAUUGCAUGCAUUCAUAAUUAUGAGGAAUAAGGUGCUUUUGAGCUUGCAAAAUGCGUUGUGUAAAUAAUGGGGCCUGGAUGCAAAAGUGUCAAGAACAUGUGGAAACAAGUUUCUGAGACACAGAUAUUUCCUUCAUAGCUGCAGCCUGGAGGAGCUGAACAGACUUCCUGUUGCAAAAUUGCAACCUCUUCUUAAACCAUCUCGCAUAUCUUGCUCGGGGUUAUAAAGGUCUUAUAAAAAUAAUUGUUUAAAGGAAUACAGUAUUUUUAUUCAUUUGUGAUAUAAUUCAUAGGGUACUCUUUUUUUUUUUUUUGCUUCUGCUAAGUUGUGGCAUUUGUGAUUUUACUUGUUAAUCAUGGAAAUCAGCAGGAUUUAAUGACCAGAUACUACAAUAUUUUAAUCUAAGCUUGAAAUUUUGCCGUUAAAUUGUGUAUCAUGCCACAGCCUAGUACAGUAACUGUAUUUUUUAAAAAUGAAAAUAUAGGAAAGCUUUUUUAAAAAAUGACACUCUAUAUUUGCAAAUUCAUUCUUUUUUAAAUAAUUGUAUUUUGGCCCUCUAGAUACAAAAAUAUUUUCCUCUUAUAUUCCACAUAAACUUUUCUAACUAAUGGUAUAAAAUGCAGAUAUGCCAAAAUGGGCAUUCCAUGACAGACUUUUGACAAACUAAACUAAAAGCAGGGUCAUUUAAAUGAGACUGCCAUCACCCUUCAUAGAUAGAAUUGGUUCCAACAUGAGUGACCGUGCAAACAGGGCAAGGUGGGUAAUAGGCUCACUCAGCGUUUCUCACUAUGGGGUGGGAUGAUGGGAAGACACUGUCAUUUGCUGAAAGAAGUUGGUCCUUUUGUAGGUGAAUUUUGCUCCAGCCACCAAUAACAGUAGCACCCUCAAUAACUGCAACAAAUGAAAACACCUUCUUAGGUUUGCACUCACUAUCCUGCCCUACAAGUGAUCUGGACUAUGUUUGUUGAAAUUCUUCCAGCAUUUUCUACUGAGAGCCCUGAAAUGCAGAGGAGCAAAGGCACUGGCUGGAGGUUUCCCUAUUGAUGAAGUCUGGGUCGGAACCUGGGUCAUCAAGCAACUUUGCUUCUCAGGAGCCAAGGCUGCUUACAUAGGUGCAAGCUAGUAGGUACGUGAUCUUAGAGAAGCCUCUACCAGCCCCUUUGGGUCUAGGCUUCACCCGGAUAAAAUCCAAAGCAAAAUUAUCUCUAAACUCCCCUUACACUUCCACAAAAUGUAAUUCCUUGUCUUCCAGGCGCUCCUAGAUUUUGCCUCCAGGGCUUUUAGCAAUGUGCUUUUGCCCUUAUGCAUAUGCAGUUCAAGGAAUGAGUCAGAAAAAUGCUGGGCCUUAUUAAAAGCACUUCUUGUUUAAAAGAAAACUACUCUAAUUUUCACUAUCGUUUUAAAAGAAAAACAGGGAAACUAGUUCAAAUACUUAAAAUGAAUCUAAUUUAAGCCUUUAACAUUCCUUAAUUAACAGAAUCUGGUCAUUAAAUCUCAAGAUAAGCAAAUGAAUUUUGAUCUGGGUUGAACUCCAAGCAGCCCUGCUGCUAAAAAUAACUUAAAACAUUUCUCUUUUCUUUUUACUGUGCUAAGAAUUUAAUGGUUGUCAUGUUUGUUUCAAAACAUAACUUUAAGUGUUUAUGAUCAUUAAUCAUUGAUAUUUACAGUACUCAUUUAUUUUAGUGUCUAGAACUAAAUGUUGAUCAGUUUUGUAAAUCUGAAUGUUUGAAUUUUCUAUAUAUAGUUUUUCAAAGUCAAGCAGGGUAUAUCUGCUGUUAGGUAAAUAGCAAAUAAUUUAUGAAAAUCAUUUCGUUACAUAUCCUCAUGGAGCAGUUAUUUUCUGUCUCUUACAGGUGAAUCUCAAUUUUUAAAAUUCAUUUCACUGAAUAAGUGGACUUGACUUAUCAUCCUCACAACUGACUAAUGCCUCACAUUUUAUGUGUCUGUUGGGCCUUCUACUGAGAAGCCCACUCCAGAAUAUCAGUAACCUUGUCCAGUCAAGGAACACUUGACAUUCCUCUCUGGAAGCAUUCUCCCUAAAAUUUACUUACUUUUCAAUUCAAAGUUUUUGUUUCUGUUUUUGAAGUUUUAAAGAUUUUUCAAAAACAUCCUAUGGAAAGAUAAUCCUUUAAUUCUCAGUUCCUGUGGUCUGAAAUCUUAAGCUAGGGGAAAAAAGGGAGGGAGAGAAAAAGAGAAAGGAAAGAAGGAAGAAAAGGAAAGGAAAAGAAAGAAAAAGAAAGGAAAUAAGGAAGGUUUUCUUUAAAAUUUUUGUUUCACAAGGAGGCAGUUUGGGAACCAGGGUGUCUCAACAUGCACUUCUGUAAUGCUUUCUAAACCUUUCCAGUGAACUGCAAAUAAUUCUGAGGGUAAACAUGCAUACCUAGAAAGAUCUGGAAAUAAUACCUACCAAGCACAUGGUUCUUUUAAAGUUUUAUGUUUUACAUUAAAAAUUUGCGUCAGUAUUGGAUUUUACCUCAUGAUCCAUCUGUUGUCAAUAUUUUUAAAUGAUGUUUUAUAUUAUUACCAACUAGUAAAACGGAUACUCUUACAACUUUAAAUACCUCUUUUGUACUCCCUGAAAAAAAUGCAUCUACAGUUGGAGAAUCAUUACCUGAAUAACAGGAAUAUAGAGAUUGGUGCCUUGAGACUUCUGUAAGUUUUUGCUGCUGAGAGAGUUCAUUCAUCAUUGCCUAGCUCAGUGUCCAGGGACAAAUGUCAGCAAGUAAAGACGACAAGUGACUCAAAAUCACAGUCCUCUGAAUGGCUAAUCUGAUUCUUUCAGCUUUCUUAACAACCAGUGCAGAUUGCCACAAGAUCAUUUUAGCUCAAAAAAUGGAAACCAGUCACAAGAGGAUCACCCUGGGGGGCAUCAGAGUCUGUCUCGGGUAGGUACACACAUACUAAGUAGGUCCCUAAAUUUAACUUCAUUAAUCUCUAAACAUUUGAUGAAAAACUUCUUUUGUUCAAGCCAACUACUCUGAAGUAGACAUGUGAUCAAGCAUUAUCCUGAUGUGACUAGAUUUAGUAAUAAAAAGAAUACAUGCCAA